AUGCCCGCACUCAUCUUCAGGGCUCAAGUAUUUGGAACAUAUGAACGGACACUGACCUCUGUGUUCUUGGAUUCUCACGCAUUACAAUACGCCACACUUUGCUUACCUCGGUUGAAAACACACCAGAGCUUCAAACUGUUAUCGUUUUGUGUUCUAGCGUUUAUCGUCUGCUGGAGCCCGUACUUCAUCUACGAUUUGCUCCAAGUGUUCGAUUACAUAAAGUACAAUGAAACAACGUUUGCAGUUGCGACAUUUAUCCAAAGCUUGGCUCCUCUUAACAGUGCAGCUAAUCCAAUCAUCUAUUGUUUCUUCACGACCACCCUCUACCGGAAUCUACGGAAGUUACAGUUCUGUAACUGGCUGGCGAAGACCGUAUGUUUUUGUUUUCCAUCACUGCAGAGACCUCUGAGAGAAACCAACUCUUCUCGAACUUCGGAAAACACCAUGGCUGAGUCGUUAACAAGAUUCUCAAGGUGGAGCUAUGGAUCGCGUUUUUCACUCAAGUCUAACCCGACUAAAUCCAUUCAGAUGCGCCACAUAGUGGAAAGGAACGAAACUAAGCCUAAAGCGUUAAAACUUGGUUCAAAACGAAAAUGUUCAGAAGUCUAAAGGCUUUGUUUUCUCCUUACAUGUAUGUAUAAUGUUCACGUGUAAAUGUUUUUCGUGUUAAUUUUUAUUCCUAAGUACCAGCCAGUAAAACCUAUUGCAGUGAAAUGUUAACUGUUCUGAAAUGUCUUCUAGAACAGUUAAGUCAGUGUGAACCGAUCAAAGGUUUGCCUCUGUUAUUAUUAAUGAUACUUGGUAAGCUGGGCUACUGUAACAUGCUAUAGAUGGCCUCAUCAACAUUAAAAUAGAAAGAGAAUAAA